AUGAGCAAGAGAACUGGAGGCGAUGGCUUCGCUAUGGUUGCUGCCAGACAUGCUAUGACCUCCUCUGAAGGUGGUUCUGAAAACUAUGGAGCACUGCCAUCCUCGUACCGUCGACGCAUCCGAAAGUCAAGGUCUCUUGCGACGGUACACCAAAGUAGCAAUCUUCGCCUACGAAUCCAACGUUCUGUUCCAUUCCUUCGUCGGCAAAACACAACCGUAUUUCACAAGAGCUCAGGUUCACCAUGGGAAAGGCACGAUGAAGCCGUGCAGCUUGCUCGGGCACAGUACUUUGGCGGGUCCGAUCAUCACGAAAUCCAAGAACAAGAGCUGUAUGGCUUCCACAAGAUCGACAGGAAAGAGCAUCACAGAUUCAGAAAAUCAGUUCGUGGAAGCCUGCCCGCAGAUGGCCCCCUUUCGUCCGCAGUCAAAGGAACGUCAUCGUUUACUGCGACGAUUCGGAACCGUGUCCGACAAGUCAUUGGAAGGACUUUGAACAGAAAAGACACACUCCCGCCUCAACAGCUCGAGGCUCAGCGCAACUACUUUUCGGACCUGGACCGGAAUACGGGCCUUCUGUGCGGGUCUGAUGCAUUCACAGACGCGCAAGAUACUUUGGGGAAGACCGAGUUCGGUCCUCCUGUUCCCGAAAAUGAUGACCUCGAAGACCUUGACAAGGUUCCCUAUCAUCUCACUUCUGCGGCGCGCCGGGAGAGUCUCCAUUCUAAUGCAGGAUCCCGGGUAACAAGCUGGACCAACUCCAGCAUGACGGGCUCCAUAGGCAUACGUUCAGGUCCAACGGAACGCAAUCGGCUGUCAAAUAUCAAAAAAGACGGUGGACCGCACCAGCCUUCGUCAUCUGCAGGGAAACAUAUCGGAGGAGUUGAAAUAUUUCGAGAGCCUUUACAGCCAGUUACAAACGAUGGCGUGGUAGUCUCUGCUGUCAACACUCAACAAGUUUACUCUGCUUUGAUCAAACGAAUCAAUGAAGAGGAAGCAGAAGUCGAAAGGACACGACUUGCGGUCGAGACUCUCAACCAGGAGCGCGAAGAGGUCAACAAAGGUCUACUUGCGGCAAGACAGACCAUCAGAGCAGUGCAGAGCGAUAUCUCGCUGGCGACUUUGACGGCCGACCGGCAGAACCGGCGCUUUAGCAGUCGCUCUACCUCAGGGGACCUGGAUCCGACGACUAUGGACCCCGGGACGGAUGUCCGAUAUAAGGAGAACUCUGGCAGGGCACGGGACCGACUAGUAGAGCAAGAAUCGCAGUCGAGCUUCUUUCCCUUCUCGAGCGAAAAGAGUCCGGACAGUCCAAGUCCCUUCAAGAGAUUCCUCAACGAGAGACGAAGUCGGGCUCGCGACCGGAGCAGGAGCCGAAGCAGGAGCCCCGACCAUGCACCAGAUGCGGACGCCGCAAGCGUCAUCAUCACUCGGCAGUGUAGCAAUCCUGUGAUGAAUCGAUCACGGUUUGCUUUGAGUAGUGCCAGCAUCUACUCGCGCACUACGAAUGGUGGUUCGGACGAGCGAUACCGACGUCCAAUCGACAGUUCAGAGGAGCUGCUUGCCCCGGCGCAUUCAGGAUCUGAACCAUUGGAGAUGGCGUCGAUCUUGCCAAACAAACAUGCUUCUUAUCAUCGAAGUCAAUGGAAUCCAUGGUCAGACCCAGUGGAUGGGCGACUCGACCCACCUGACCAUAACUCACACACGCGAGAGAGCGCUCAGAUUAGGUCUGAAGAGGACUCGCCCAGCACAGAGGAGAUGCUCUCUGGGAACAAUACAAGUGGACCUCCUCGUGCUGAUCUGAACACCACCCCUGGAGCGCAGCCGCUGAAAGUGCGCAUUGACACUGCUACUGGUCAAGCUCACGAUCAGCUGCGCAACAAGUUGAGUGCCGGUGCGCUCAGCAACAUUUCCAACAAGGGUGACGAUGGAAGUAAGGACAGCAGGAGUCUGCGGAAGCUAAGCCCAGGAAACCUUGCAAGGAUGUUCAAGGAUAGAAAACUCCAGAAGCCACUCAGACCUCAAAACUCAGGGAAAGAGAACAGUCCGGCGACUCGUGAGGGCUCUCCGCCAAUUAGCACUCCGGGGCGACUCCAUCUUCAAUUCCGGAACGGGGCCUCAACGGGUCGAUUACGCCAAAAGGCUGGCGAAGCGGCGUUCUAUACUCGAAAUGGUGUCCACUCGACGCCUCAAGCUUGCGACUCGAGCACACCGAGCCGAUCACACGAGAGUCCGAGUGAGACUGCCAAACACCAUCUAGUGGCGCGACUCUCUCGGCCGUUCAACAUGGACGUGCCUCCACACAAUCGUCCCUUCGACAGCAUGUAUCUUGGGAAAAGGACAUUUGGCCAUCCUGACACGUUUGGGGACAACCGUUUGAGCGUCGCGCCCAGAACCCCUGAAGAUGUGGCUCAGCUUAGAAAGGAAACUUUGCCAGAUGGGACAGAUGCAGUGCCAUCCAGAUCCUACUCUGCUGGGAGAAGUGCGGCGAAGAUCUUCGGACUCCUUGGCAGUAAGAGGAUGGUGAGCAACUUUCUGAAGAGUCGACGAGAGAAUAGAAGCACGAGUGUAGGCGAACAAAAUGUGGCAGAUGGAGGCCCAGCGUUCAUCUAG